UUUACGUCAAUUUCCUGUUUCCUUGGUGACGUAGCGCCGUAUUCCGAGGGGCAAGCUGCUGAGCUAAGGUGUCCAGACUUCAUAUGCAAAACUCGCCGAAGAUUAUAAAUAGCAGUCUUCAAUCAAAUAAAGAGUUCCUGCCGGCCUUGUGUCCCCAGAGAACUGAGCAGCUGGAGACAUGUAGCCACAGCACCAUGAGGUGACAGAGAUUGAUAGAGGCUCCCUUUCCAUUUCUGCCUGUACAGCCCUGGACAUAUGGCAAGGCUAAGUGUCGCAUGCCUCCUGCCAGCCUCAUGGCACUUCAGCCUGUCCCUUUCCAUGCUGAGCGUCACGCCGAGACAGCGCUUCAUCGGCAUAGUCUCCUUCUUCACCUGCUUCCUGCUGAUCUUCCUGGCCUUACUGCGACCUUGGCCCUGGAGCCAGGCCACCAGGAACAGCCGUCUGGAGAAGUACCUAGACAUGGUUGAAAACAUGGAGGCAACAGAUACCGAGGACCCCAGCCUGAAUUUCGGAGUGGUGGUUGACUGUGGCAGCAGUGGCUCUCGUGUUUUUGUCUAUUACUGGCCUCCCCACAACGGAAACCCCCACUCACUGCUUGACAUUCGACAGAUGAAGGACCGAAACCGUAUACCAGUAGUCAAGAAGAUUAAACCAGGGAUCUCCACACUAGCAUCAACACCAGACAAAGCAAGCGACUACCUCCAGCCUCUUCUGAGCUUCGCCGCAGAACACAUCCCUAAGAAGAAGCACAAGGAGACUCUUCUCUACAUCUUGUGUACUGCCGGCAUGAGGCUUCUCCCAGAGAGCCAGCAGGUGGCGAUCCUGGAGGAUUUGAACACUGACAUACCCCUUCAGUUUGACUUCCUUUUCUCCAGCUCCCACGCUGAGGUCAUCUCUGGGAAACAGGAAGGAAUGUAUGCAUGGAUUGGUAUUAACUUCGUGCUUGGCCGUUUUGACCACGCAGAGGAGGGAGAGGACACAGUUGUUACUGUGACAACAGAUUCCCAGACCCAGCACCCAGUCUCCCGCAAACGCACUGUGGGUAUCCUUGACAUGGGUGGGGCCUCGCUGCAGAUUGCGUAUGAGGUGCCCACCACUGUCAGCUUUGCCUCUCCUGAGCAGGAAGAGGCAGCAAAGAGCGUCUUAGCAGAGUUUAACCUGGGCUGUGACGUUCAGCACACGCAACAUGUCUACCGAGUGUACGUCAGCACCUUCCUGGGCUUUGGUGGCAACAUGGCCAGACAGCGCUAUGAGGACCACCUCAUCAACAGCACAGUCUACAGAAGCAGGAUGACUGGAGAUCAGACAGGAAUGAGUGCCACAUCCCCAUCCCCAGACCCCUGCCUCCCAGUAGGGCUGACAGACACUGUGCAGAGUAAUGGGCAGACAGUGUUCCUGCGGGGCCAGGGGGACUGGUCGAGGUGCCUGGACGUUGUGAGACCCUUCCUUGGGAAGACAAACGGCAGCACCUCUUCUUCACUUGGGGGAGUCUACCAGGCACCCAUCAACUUCCACAAUAGUGAGUUCUACGGCUUCUCUGAGUUCUACUACUGCAUGGAGGACGUGCUGCGCAUUGGGGGGCACUACAGCAGCACCAAAUACACCAGGGCAGCCACGGAUUAUUGUGCCACCAAGUGGUCGACUUUAAAACAGCGACUGGACAGCAAGCUUUUCACUUCACAGACUGACCUCCACAGGCUUAAGUACCAGUGCUUCAAGUCUGCCUGGAUGUAUGAGGUGCUACAUACAGGUUUUCAGUUCCCAAAGGACUACCCCAACCUGAAAACUGCCCAGCUGGUGUAUGACAAGGAGGUGCAGUGGACUCUAGGAGCCAUUCUCUUUAAAAUACGAUUCCUACCUCUCAGAGACCUUCAGGUGGAAGCAUUCCGGCAGUCUCACUCAAGCUGGAUUCGCUUCUCCUUUGUCUAUAACCACUACCUGAUCUUCGCCUGUAUCCUGGUGGUGGUGCUCGCAAUCCUCUUGUACAUCCUGCGUCUGCGGCGCAUUCAUCGGCGAGAGCAGCGAUCAGCAGCCACUCUGGAUCUGCUGUGGGUGGAGGAGGGGGAGCCCCUCAAAGGUUGAGGGGCCAGCAGGGAAAGAGGGGGGAUUGGGGUAGAGGAAAGGGAUGAGGGAUGGUAGUCAAGUGGAAGAUAUUUCAGGGGUGUCACUUUUUUAUCAUCCCCCUCUACAGCUUUCCAUAAAUUUAAUGAGAAUUACAUUCCGGUGUUUUUAUUUUUUCAUAUCCUGGGGAUCAAUUCUACCUCAUGGUAGCAGACAUUUUUAAAUUUUUCUAGAGACCAGUUGUAAAAUUGUUGGGAAUCAAUUGUAAAGGAACUGUAAGGGAUGGGUGAAUACCUGUGGACUAGUUAAAUGAAAUCAGAGAAUAUGGAACUCAUGAACUGUAAUGCAGAUGCACUCCGGUUGUACAAGUCUUUACUGCCUGUGUCUUUGUAAAGGAAAUUAUACAUUUUAGUAAUUUAAGUUUAAAUAAAGUGACAAAUUGUAAUUA